AUGCCUGCCCUCCCACAUGUUAUACCCUUUAGUCCCGAGGCAUGCAGACACUCCGGUGGUAGAUGGCAUGCGGAUCUUGUGUCCCAAUCUAUACCACCCUUCAACGCAUUCUGGCUGCAGGUCUUGCUCUUCUCUUGCCCAUCCAAUCCCGUACUGAAGCUCUGCUGUACCUGUCGUCUAACCCAGGCCGCUUCGCUUUCCGGCGAAAAGGGCGACCGGCCCGGCAAGACCUGUCGUCCGCCUGCUUGUCCUGCUUCCACCGCCUGGCCGGUUGCCUGGCCGGCCGCCCGGCAAAAACACCGACAGUCCGGUCAGCCAGCCAACCAGCCAGCCAGCCAGCCAGACAACCAGACGCCCCAACAGCCAAUGGGACAGCCAGGAGCCAGAACAGCCAGUCAGACAGUUGACCAAUCGAAUAGCCGGCCAGCCAGUCAACUGGCCAGACGGAUGGUCAGAGGAACAGCUCAAAAUAUGCUUUCCUAUCUUAACUUUGCUCAA